GGACACAGGUGACACACCCCUUCCCCACUCACCCACUUAAAAAUGCUCCGACCGGCCGGCCAUUCCCAUGGCUUCUCCUCGCCCGCUACCCCGAGUCCGUCCCCUCUGCGCUCUCUUCCUCUCUCUUCUCUUUCUCGUUUUCCUCCUCCCAUGGGCGGCCGGCUCUUCUCCGCUGGAGUCAUCCCACCUAUAUCGAGUCCUCCACGUCCAAGAACGGGAGCGCUUACCGCCCGCCGUCCAGGUGGCCGCCGCCCGUGGCCUUCUCGCCCGCCUCCUCCCAUUCCACGUUUCCAGCUUCGAAUUCGAGAUCGUUUCCAAGGAAACAUGUGGUGGAGCAGCAUGCUUCAUUAUUAGCAACCAUCCAUCAUUAAGUACAAAAGGAUUCCCAGAAAUACUAAUCCAGGGGACAAGUGGUGUUGAACUUUCUGCUGGUCUCCAUUGGUACUUAAAACACUGGUGUCUGAUACACAUAUCUUGGGAGAAGACCGGUGGUCUACAGUUGUCAUCUGUACCAAAAGUGGGCUCUCUUCCGCAUGUUCCUUCGGCUGGUAUUUUGGUACAAAGACCUGUUCCGUUGAGUUACUACCAGAAUGCUGUUACAUCCAGUUAUUCAUAUGCAUGGUGGAGUUGGGAAAGAUGGGAGAAGGAAAUUGAUUGGAUGGUUCUCCAAGGGGUCAACUUACCACUUGCUUUCAAUGGGCAAGAAGCCAUUUGGCAGAAAGUUUUUGAGAGGUAUAAUAUCAGCCGUAGAGAUCUGGAUGAUUUUUUCGGGGGGCCUGCAUUUCUUUCAUGGUCACGUAUGGGAAACUUGCAUGGAUGGGGUGGACCCUUGCCUCAAAGUUGGCUUGAUGAUCAACUUGUUCUUCAGAAGAAAAUUCUUGCUAGGAUGUACUCGUUUGGAAUGACUCCGGUUCUUCCUGCCUUUUCUGGGAAUGUUCCUUCGGUGUUGAAAUCCAAAUUUCCUUCAGCUAAAAUUACUCACCUUGGAAAUUGGUUUACAGUUCAUAGUGAUCCAAGGUGGUGUUGUACAUAUCUUUUAGAUGCAACUGAUCCUUUGUUUAUAGAAAUUGGAAAGGCAUUUAUGGAACAACAACUUAAAGUAAUGCAACAAAUUACUCAUUUAAGAUUUGAAACAAUGUUCACUUAUUCUGCAGAAUAUGGCAGGAGAAGUCACAUAUACAAUUGUGAUACAUUUGAUGAGAACACUCCACCUGUAGAUGAUCCAAAGUAUAUAUCUUCCUUGGGUUCUGCAAUAUAUAAAGGAAUGCAAAGUGGUGAUGAUGAUGCAAUAUGGCUCAUGCAGGGUUGGUUAUUUUCAUAUGACCCGUUCUGGAAACCACCUCAGAUGAAGGCUCUCUUGCAUUCAGUUCCAAUUGGGCGGAUGGUAGUUCUUGAUCUAUUCGCUGAAGUAAAACCAAUAUGGAUUACAUCAAAACAGUUUUACGGUGUUCCAUACAUCUGGUGCAUGCUACACAAUUUUGCUGGAAAUAUUGAGAUGUAUGGUAUUCUCGAUGCAAUUGCACUUGGACCUAUUGAAGCUCGUACAAGUGAAAAUUCAACCAUGGUUGGCGUUGGAAUGUCUAUGGAAGGCAUCGAGCAAAAUCCUGUUGUUUAUGAUCUGAUGUCUGAAAUGGCAUUUCAUCAUAAACCAGUAGAUGUCAAGAUCUGGGUUGACUUAUAUGCAACAAGGAGAUAUGGAAGGUUUGUUCCAGCACUACAAGACGCCUGGCAGAUACUAUAUCAUACUCUAUAUAAUUGCACAGAUGGUGCCUAUGACAAAAAUCGAGAUGUAAUUGUUGCAUUUCCAGAUGUUGAUCCAUCUGUCAUAUUGAUACCAGAGAUAUCUGAAGAGAGAAAGCUUGUGCAUUUUAGUCGACAAUUAUCAAUAAGAGAGCCACUGAAGGAAACAGCUAAUUCUUAUGAUCAACCACAUUUAUGGUAUUCAACUGCUGAUGUCACACGCGCAUUAGUUCUUUUCCUAGAAAAUGGGUAUGAUGUAUCAGAUAGCCAGACUUUCAGAUAUGAUCUUGUGGAUCUCACCCGUCAGGCAUUAGCAAAGUAUGCAAACAAAGUAUUCUUGAAGAUUAUAGAAGGGUACAAACUUAGUAAUUUAAAACAAGCGACCAUAUAUAGCCAGCACUUUCUUGACCUUGUGAAAGAUCUGGACAUGCUUUUGUCAUGCCAUGAUGGUUUUCUGCUUGGCCCCUGGUUGGAAAGUGCCAAGCGCCUUGCAAGAGACCCAGAACAGGAGCAACAGUUUGAAUGGAAUGCAAGGACUCAAGUAACCAUGUGGUUUGAUAACACUGAGACUGAAGCUAGUUUGCUUCGUGAUUAUGGAAACAAGUACUGGAGUGGUCUUCUACUAGACUACUAUGGGCCAAGAGCAUCUAUAUAUUUCAAGUACAUGAUAGACAGCUUGGUGAAGGGGGAGAGUUUCCCAUUAGAAGACUGGAGGAGGGACUGGAUAGGCCUUACCAACAAGUGGCAAAGCAGUAGAAAUUUGUUUCCAGUAAAAGCUUCUGGUGAUGCUCUAAAUAUAUCUCGAUGGCUAUAUGACAAGUAUUUAUGUAGUGAUAACUUGCAAUCACUUUAUAUGGGUUCAAACUAUGAUGAAGCUGCUAAUUUUGUGAGCUUCUAUGUUUGACACAAUCUCCUGAUGAUAAUUUCGUUCCCGAAGUUCAAAAGAAUCUUAUUGCCUUGGGCUUUUUAUCAAAACAAUUAUGUUAUGAGUUGUUUGUUCCAUAAUGGAUUCCUAAUUUAUUUGUCAAGAAGGCAUUGUCUAGGCAAUGAUAUGUCAAUUUGCCACAAAUUGAGUUUCUUAUUACUCUGUAACACCAGAGUCAACUUAGUACUUAAUAUGUUUGGUGUUCCCACUGUUUAUGGACUAUGGAUAUUUCAAAAUAUAUUAAUGGGAACUUUUAGUACCAAACAAGAAGAUCAUCAUUUUUGACGAUAAA